AGCAAUACUGAUAUGUGAACACAAAGAAGUAACACUACUAAAGAAGUGUAGUUAUGUUGUGUCUUCAGAGCAAGUUCCUACAUCGUGCAGUGACACCAGGUGUGCAGAGUUUAGCCACCAAGAGUAAAGGUUGGAGGACCCGAACUAAACAGAGGGACUCCUUUGGUAUUGCUAUACGAGAGGAGAAGCAAGUAAAAUACAAACUGAGGCAGGAAUUUGUAUCAGAUCCUGAUAUAACCAGGAAGAUAAAAGGAAACGAAGAAGCUGAGAAAGUAUUCGGAGUAGAGUUAGGGGAUAAGAAGGAUGCGUUCAACCUAGAUCUGUACAACCUGUAUCAGGACAUGUUGCAACACGAAUGUAAUAAGCGAGUUCGUCACAAGCAACACGCGCAAGGAUACAGUGACACAGGAAUAGCUACUGAGAAGGACGCUAAUGUUAAAACAGUUGUAGUGAAACAUGUUAAAAUGAAGUACCUAGCUGAGAAGCUAACGGUUGACCCGGUAAAGUUACGUGGACCCCAGAUAAAAUACCACCCUCAUAUGGAAGUAAGAGUCUGGGACCGACAAAUAAAGAAUCAGGGAGGGCGGGAGGAAGUGAUGUGGAACAAGGCUAACUACGCGCGUUGCAAGAAAGCAGAGUACGCUAAGUCGCUGGGUAACCGCUAUGAUUCUUACUACCUCUACAAAAGGGAGGUAGCGCAGAACACGCGGCUCACUUAUUCGCGGAACAACUUCUUCUUCAAGUGGGUUUACUUCCACGCGGACACGGAGCAGCCGUACGAACUGCACGCUAAGGAGGCUGCGCUGAUGCACCGGUGGACAGAGUACAAGGAAGAGCGCGACAGUGCACUGCGGCAGAUAGAGUUGCAGGACAUUCAGAAGUACGCUCAUGUCACACGAGUGCUGGGAAUACCACCUAUUUACCUGCCUACUCACAAGCUGCCGAAGCCAAAGUGGUUUCGAAACAACACGAUAUCUAACCUGCAAGGAUGGGAGAUAGCACGGUUACAGGCUAAGCGGGAGCAGGGUGCUGUGAGUUCAGAGGAAGCAGACAAGGUGGAGAUGCCAGCUCGACCUGCUCGCUUUAACGAGCUGAUAGUGGGGUGGCACAACACGGACCAGAACAGGGUGCUGGACUCUGACUACCAUUACGGCACUCCCAGAACUACCAGAGAUCCUGUACCUCUGCCUGGCAGUCUCAGGACCGCCAAGUCUAUUAUUGAACCUCCGCAAGCAAUGUAAAGAAGAGGGUUCUACAAUCUACAUAUUGUACAAUCUACAAUCUACAUAUUGUACAAUCUAAAACUCUACAAUAUAAUGUCAAUGAACAAUAUGCAACUCUUGUCGGCUUCUAUUCUUCUAAUUUGUAUUAUAUAAUAUUAUUUGAGGUCUACUUACUUGUACUCAUGGUAUUAUUAUUAUAG